GAUUCGCCGGCAUUGCAACAAACCGAAGCACACCAACAAACUUCAGCAAAAAUGUUGCAGUUGGGAAGUGUUUUUCCAAACUUCAAAGCCAACACCACCAUUGGAGAGAUUGAUUUUCACGAAUGGCUUGGAAAUUCUUGGGGAAUAUUAUUCUCACAUCCUGCUGACUUCACACCAGUCUGCACCACAGAACUAGCCAGAGUUGCGAAACUUGUUCCAGAGUUUGAGAAGCGAGGUGUAAAACCCAUUGCAUUAUCUUUAGACAAUGUAAAGAAUCAUUUAGAAUGGACGAAAGACAUCAAAGCCUAUGGCAAUCUCCCAAAUGUAACAUUUCCUUAUCCUAUCAUUGCUGAUGAGUCCCGAGACCUCUCAGUUCUGCUAAAUAUGUUGGAUUUGGAUGAAAGAGACUCCAAAGGAAUGCCACUCACUGCGAGAGCUGUGUUUAUUAUUGAUGCCAACAAGAAAUAUCGCUUGUCGAUCUUAUAUCCGGCGACAGUUGGCCGCAAUUUUGAUGAAAUCUUAAGAGUUAUUGAUGCAUUGCAAUUAACUGAUAAGCAUUUGAUUGCAACACCCGCGGAUUGGAAGCAGGGUGAUGGCGUAAUGGUCCAACCGACGGUUUCAGCUGAAGUUGUCGCUGAAAAGUUUCCGAAUGCGAAAACUUUCGAGUUGCCUUCAGGUAAAUGCUACCUACGCGAAACACCUUUACCUUAAAAGUGAAGCAGAAUUGUUUUUUUAAUAAUUAGUGUAAUUGUUAAAAAUAUUCAAAGAAUCUGCUGCUUGGUAUGAGUAUUUUUCUCUCAGAUAAUGGCACAAAUCGAAUUUACUAAAUUAUACAAUACCAAAGUGACAUUCAACACAAUAAAUACACGAAUUAUUUUUCGAAUAAAUUAAAUACGCACUUUA